AUGCGAAUCGAAUCAUUGUUGCCAUUUGGAAGUUCCUACCUGUGUGAGCAAGGUUUUUCAACACUCACAGAAAUGAAGUCUAAGAAGCGCGAAAGACUUCAAAUGAUAGAUGAGGAGAUGCGCGUUUGUCUUUCACAAGAAGUGGAGAGGAAUAAAGGGGGUCGAUUAACGCAAGAGGAGUUUGAUAAAGAGGUUGAACAAGAUGAAGCGCGACACAUGAACGUCAUGGCGAGAUAUACAGCUGGUCUCUAUGGGGAUGGAAGAACGGAGACAGUUGGAAUGGCAGGGCAUGGAACCGAGACCUUGGCUGCCAUUGAAGAGGAGGAAGGAUAUCGAAGUCCUCAACCUUAG